GGAAAGCUCAUUCUUACACACAUCUUCAUUUGUCGAAGGAUUUAAAAUGUCUGAAUCAGAAUACCAGGAAAACGAAGAGCACUUCAACGAGGAAGAGUUUGUUGACAGCAACGAAAUUGCUGAAGAAGUUGAAGAUGACUUCGGGCCUGGUCCCGAAGAAAUCGACGAGAAUGAUAUGGACAUGGACGAUGAGGAAACACUAGAAAUUGACUUAGCCAAUAAUUCAUGGACCUACUUUGACCAACAUAAAGACAGUGUGUUUGUGAUUUUCAAGCACCCUUCGUUACCCAUGGUUGUCACGGGUGGUGGAGACAAUACGGCUUUCAUGUGGACAACUCAUACGCAACCACCAAGAUUUGUCGGCGAGUUGCUGGGACACAAAGAGUCAGUCGUUGCUGGUGGUUUCACUGGGGACGGAAAAUUUGUCAUCACGGGUGACAUGAAUGGAUGCAUCCAGGUGCACCAGGCGGCUAAGGGUGGCCAGAAGUGGAGUAGAUUUGGCGAGUUGGAAGAAGUGGAGGAAGUUUUGUGGAUUUCAGUGCAUCCACAUUUGCCAUACUUUGCUUUCGGUGCUCCCGAUGGCUCAGUGUGGGUCUAUCAAAUAGACGAGAGCUCGAAGUCACUCGAACAAAUAAUGUCCGGGUUCUCUCACAAUUCCGAGUGUAACGGUGGUGUAUUCGUCAAUACGGACGACAAUGAAAGUUUGACUUUGGUCACUAUCUCCGAAGAUGGCUCGAUUGUCAACUGGAACGCUUUCUCGGGAGCCACAAACUACAAGUUGCAGCCUCAUGAUGACUUCAAGGGUGUCGAGAGUCCGUGGGUGUCCAUCAAGACUUACAAGAAUGUGUUUGCCGUUGGUGCCAGAGAUGGGCAGUUGGCGAUUGUGAACCUAGACACCGGAAGAAUUGUUCACCACGUGAAAACCAUCGAAAAUGUCGAAGACAUUGCCGACCUUUCCGUGGAGGCAUUGUCCUGGUGCAAGAGUCCCACGGUUAACUUGCUUGCCGUUGGUUUAGUAUAUGGUGAUGUUCUUUUGUUUGACUCUUUGCAGUGGAGAUUGCGUCGCACACUCAAGGCUGAUGACACCAUCACCAAGCUUGAAUUUGUGGAUGAUAAGCCAAUUUUGGUUGGUUCCAGCAUGAACGGGAAAAUCUACAAGUGGGAUGCCCGUACCGGUGAGGAGUUAUUUGUUGGAGUUGGCCACAAUAUGGGCGUGUUAGAUUUUGCCGUGCUUGAUGGCGGUGCCAAGCUUGUCACUGCUGGAGACGAGGGUGUGUCUCUUGUGUUUGUGCACGAGUAGUUUUAUGAAUACAGCCCUUGGGAUCUGGAACCUCAUGCCGACUGAUUCUGUUGUGUAUCUUGAACCACCGAGAUUUGGUUUUAUGCAUGUCGAUGGAUGAAUGCUAGCGAAUCACAGCUAGCGGAGAACCAUCCUACUUUAUCUUGUACAAGUGGACGCAGUAUUUGCAAAGAAUAUCAUUCGAGACAGCAAAUGAAUCCUUGUGAGGGUAACAUGCAGAAACUUCGAAAUAGUCAAUGUGAAAAAAACAGUCAUUCAAUAAUUUUUUUUUUCCGUACAUUCAGUUACAUCAGAUAGAAACUCUAUCAUACCGAAUCCAUUACCGCCAAGUCCUCCA